AUGUAUGCUCUUCAAGUUGGAACUGCUGUAUCUCGGCGAGGAUGGCUCAAAGGAUGGCCUUCGUGUUCCCGGCUUACCAGCUGCAGAGACUCCCUGGCGGGCUUGGGAGGAAACAACCACGUUAAUUCUAGGCGCCGGUACUCCGAAGUUGGCUUGGGUUCUCUGACAGAAGUAGAAAAAAUUAUGACAGACAGCGUGAAGGCUACAGGCCCAAUAUCCUUCUCAACAUACAUGCAACUAUGUCUAUCCCAUCCCACACAUGGGUAUUAUAUGCGCAAUGAGAAUGCGGUUUUUGGUGCAAGAGGUGACUUCAUCACCAGCCCAGAGAUCAGUCAGGUUUUUGGCGAGUUAACAGCAAUUUGGUUGCUGGAACGGUGGAUGAGUGAUGCUCGAGCGAAGGAGCAAAACUUCCGACUUGUGGAACUAGGUCCUGGAAGAGGAACUUUGAUGGAUGAUAUUCUGAGGGUUGUCAGCCAAUUUCCUAAUCUGCGGCAGAAGCUAAAAAGCGUGCAUCUCGUCGAGACUAGUCAGUCUAUGCGCACUCUACAAGAGCAGAAGCUCCGCCGCGUUUGUCAGAGCAACGGAUGGGAAAUUUUCUGGCAUGACUCUGCCGUUGACAUCCCUCAGGGCACAGGAGAGUACACCAUGCUCGUAGCACAUGAGUUUUUCGAUGCGCUUCCCGUGCACGUUCUCGAGAAAACGCAACAAGGGUGGCAUGAAGUUCUCAUUGACAUCGCGCAAAGCCCUGUUGACAGGUUCUCAGUGAAAACGAACCCUUCUCCUCUUCUCAUCAACCAGCCUUCUAUGACCUCACUUUCUGCUCGCUGGAAACGCGUACUCUCUCCUACUCCAACAGCCAUAUCUACACUUCUUGGCUUUGCCUCUCCGAGGUUCAACGCACUUCCUAUUGGUGCCAGAAUAGAGGUAUCUGCCGUCACGAUGAAAACUGCGCGUCAAAUCGGUGAAAUGAUCCAGGAGGGUGGGUCUGCGCUGAUCAUAGACUAUGGCAAGGAUAAUGUCUUUGGAGAUUCGCUUCGAGCUUUCAAAAAUCAUAAAAUCGUCGACAUAUUUCAUCGGCCGGGAGAGUGCGACAUCACCGCUAAUGUUGACUUUGCUUUCCUGAAAGAUACCAUGAGUGACAUUGUCACUACACAUGGUCCUAUCCCACAAUCUACGUUCCUCGCACGACUCGGUAUGCAACUUCGAAUUGAUGCACUGGUGCGAGCAGCGAAAAGCCCCGAACGGCGAGAAACCAUCGAACAAGCGGCAAAGAGGCUAAUCGAUCCUCUAGGAAUGGGGAGUCAAUACCAAUUUUUAGGCAUCACAAACAAGAUGGAGGGAGAGAAAAGUAACGAAGGAGUGUGGCCAUUUAUAGACGUCAACGAGGAGUCACAAAAUAACACAACUACAACUACUACAUGA